AUAUUUUAUGACAUAUCAUACACCAAUGAAAACAUCUAGUGACUAUAUCAAGGGUUUGAAAGAGGCUCGUAUUAUUUCCAAGAAUAUUUCAAAGGCGAUAGGUGCGAAAUCAGAAGAUGAAGAAGUCUUUGCUUAUAGUGUAUUUUAUGUAUUCUACGAACAAUAUCUAACCAUCGUGCAUAACACUGUGAAGAACAUUGGGAUAUGUAUGGCGGCCAUCUUUGUUGCGACAUUUAUCCUGCUUGGAUUUGACCUGGUGACGGCAAUUGUUGUGUUUAUAACAAUAAUGAUGAUAAUUGUUGAUAUAAUGGGAAUGAUGUACCUGUGGGACAUAACCUUAAACGCUCUUUCACUUGUAAACUUGGUCAUGGCUAUUGGUAUAUCAGUGGAGUUCUGCUCACAUAUAGCUCGUGCAUUCGCUGUCAGUAUACAGCCAGAUAAAGUACAGAGAGCUAAAGAUGCCCUCGCACAUAUGGGUAGCUCGGUAUUGAGUGGUAUAACAUUGACAAAAUUAGGAGGUAUAAUUGUGCUAGGAUUUGCCAAGUCGCAGUUGUUCCAGGUGUUUUAUUUCCGCAUGUAUCUCGGAAUGGUAGUGUUUGGUGCUUCCCAUGGACUUAUUUUCUUGCCAGUAUUACUUAGCUAUAUAGGUCCUAGUAUAAAUAAAGCAAAACUGUAUCAACACCAACAAAAGGAGUUAAAAGAACAGUCGAGAAAGAUCAAUUAUCAUAAUGACAGUGGUGACACAGGUGCCCACGAACAUUAUCAUCGUACAGAUCAUGAUCAACCCCCAGAGUAUUCUCAUUUAUAGAUGAAUAUUAAACACGUAUAUAGUGAAAUCUGCUCGUAAAGAUGUACACAGGUGUGGAACAUGUUUAUGCAACUAUUUUCUACAAAAUAUUGAGCAUUUUUGUUGGAAAUAAUAAUGAUAACAAGAAGAACAACUUGACCGACAUUGUGUCCUGUGUUAAACACAAAGUGCUGAGAUUAAUUUGACCGAGGUCGGUCAUGUAUGAGGAGUAAAUUCUAUAACCUUAGAAAUAAUUCCUUCGCAAUUUUUUUUUUCCAGUUUAAACAUGUUGGCAUUUUAUUCCCAGGCUCUUUUUCUUGAUAGGCAUUUGGGGGGGGGGGGGUAUUUUGAUUGUAUUAUUUAGUGAAAAUUUUAAGUUAACUAAUUUUUAGCUCGACUAUUCGAUAAGAAUAAGUAGAGCUAUUGUAGUCACCCGAGCGUCCGUGUCGGCGUAACCACUUAUGUUAAAGUUUUUGUAAUAGUUCAAAUAUUUUCAAAGUCCAUUGACAUAUGGCUUUGAAACUUUGCACACUUGUUCACCAUCAUAACCCCAACCUGUAGACAGGAGGAGGUAACUUUAUCAGGCAUUUUGACAGAAUUAUGCCCCUUUUUGGACUUAGAAUUUAUGUUAAAGUUUUUGUAAAAGUUCAAAUAUUUUCAAAGUCCAUUGACAUAUGGCUUUGAAACUUUGCACACUUGUUCACCAUCAUGACCCCAACCUGUAGACAGGUAACUCUAUCAAGCAUUUUGACAGAAUUAUGCCCCUUUUUCGACUUAGAAUUAAUGUUAAAGUUUUUGUAAUAGUUCAAAUAUUUUCAAAGUCCAUUGACAUAUGGCUUUGAAACUUUGCACACUUGUUCACCAUCAUGACCCCAACCUGUAAACAGGAGGAGGUAACUGUAUCAAGCAUUUUUUUUACUAUCAAGCACUAAGAAUAGUCGAGCGUUGCUGUCCUACCGACAGCUCUUGUUGAUAUUAUGCUGAAAUUUUUGUAUUUGCUGAUAUUUUUGCAGAAUUAAAGUUAUUUUAAUUAAAAAAAUAAAAAAAGAAACAAAAUUUCUUCAGAGGCAUCAUAGUUAUUAGGUCUGUGAAAAAAAGACGCAUAUACAGGAAAUCUUUGGGCCCCAUCAAAUCUAAUGGGACAGCUCAAUGCUGUUCUGUAGAGAUUUGUGUGGGAAUGUUUUGAUUCAUCAAAGUUUUCUUCACUGCAUUUACAUGUUUGAAAGUCAUGUAAAGAUU